AUGGCUCACCCAACUGCCAAUGUCACAGUUACUGCAACCCAUGUGGUCAACAGUAAACAUCCAAUUUUCCUACAAGAUCCUUUCAUCCUGGGACCCUUUGAUCAACUUCUCCAUUUCGGUAUUCCCGUCAGUGCUGUCUGGAUCUACGAAUCCUCCUCCUCAUCAGCUGGCCUAAUUCCAAUUGAAAGACUCCGCAAUGCUAUCAGCCGGCUCCUCGAUUAUUACCCCCACCUGACAGGCCGAUUGCGUAUCGACCCAAAUACCGACGUUCGUUCCAUAACCAGGCUUAGCAGUGGGGUCCAUUUACUUGAAGCCUACUGCGACGCACCACUCCGGUCAUUCGCCACAGCCUCAGGGAGAGAACUUAGCAUCUUCGAUUUUCCCAACGUGGGCAACGUGCUGCUGGCACCAUGGGAUACAUCUCUUGAAGGAACACAGCGGGAUCCGGUCUUUACUAUCCAGCGGACAGAGUUUGCCUGUGCCUCUGUGGCAAUUGGCAUCAGACUCUCCCAUGUCCUUGCCUCGGCUGGCGGCUUUCUGCGCUUGUAUCAGGACCUGGCGGCCAUUUAUCGAGCGACGACGAUGACCUUUUCAGCCAUCGAAGGGCAGCUUGACUUUGAAUUAGCAUCGCCCCCAGACAUAACGCCAUUCAUGGUCACUCCAAUGCUGCAUAUGCGUGCUGACGAGCAGAAAAAGGCAUUGGCUGAACAGCCACCGGCAUAUUCUUUGCGCGACAGGGAUGCAAAUGCCGAAACACAUGCUCAAAACGAAGCCCGCUCAAAAAAGCAAAAUGCAGGAAUGGAUCCGAUUGUUGGACGCACUCUGCGAUUCUCGCCUGCAGCGAUAGCAACCCUCAAAGGCCGUACGGUCGAUCGAACCUUAGGCAGUAGAGACACCCCCAGCAACGCUCGAGAGCCUUCCGCCUUCACCGCGCUGUCCGCUCACCUCUGGCAGCGCACGCAUCGUGCGCGCCUGGCGCUUGGGGCUCCUCCCACCUCCAAUUCUACCUCCGAGGAUGUCCUGUCCAGGUCGGUGUUCGGUACCAAUGUAAACUUCAUCCCCCACCUUGGCCUACCGGAGCGCUUAUUCGGUAACACCAUUCUCACCCCCUACGUGGAAUUAGAGUCAACAAAGCUAUCCCACGCGCCCCUCUGGGAGAUUUCGAAGAUUAUCAGCGGCCUGGUCCAUCACGUCUCCGAGGAUGAAGUACGUCAAAUCGGGAGCUGGGUCGCAGCCCAGCCGAAAAAGUCACGCAUCCAGCUUGACUUUCCAGUCAUGCCCACCUCGUUCAUCGCAAGUGGGUGGCAUCGCUUUCCUUUAUACUCAGGUACUGAAUUCGAUGUUGCUCCUGCCUUGGCCAGCCCGGUCUUCAUGGAUGCUAUGUUUGAUGGUAUGGUAUACUUUCUUGAAGCCAAGGCUCAGGAUGGUGGUGUUGAUGCCAUAAUUUCGCUGAGGUCAUCGAUUUGGGGGUAUCUUGAUCAGGAUAAAGAGUUCAUCACAAACUGGGAUAGGGCAGGCUAACAGAUCAUGUGUAUCUGCUAGAGAAACCCCAUUUUAGGUGGAAUUUAUGUCUGGUAUCUUGACACAUAGCUUGAAAUCGGGUUCGAGGUGAUUUUCUAAGGGGUGAGGGAGAUAUUCCUAAGGCUCGGCGGAAGGAUCGACAUGGUAUGAUGUCUUCCUACAUCAGUAAUGGAGAAUAAUUGCGUCUGGAAACAAGGGCGGCUUUGUAAC